UAGAUAAGUCUUUGUUCGCAGGCGGGCAGCUCAGCUCUGAAUCAGCGUCCCCCCAUCCCUUCGCUCCCGACAAAAGUAAGAUGGAAAACUGUCACGGGGAGGUUGUGGAUGGACACAACGGCGCGGUAUUUGAGUCCUUGGCUAAGCGUGAGAAGCUCAUUAUCGAUACUGAUCCUGGGAUCGAUGAUAGCAUGGCAAUCUUGAUGGCAUUUCAAACUCCCGAGUUGGAGGUCGUGGGCUUGACAACGAUUUUUGGUAAUGUUACUUCAGAGGACGCCACUCGCAAUGCCUUGCUUUUGUGUGAGAUAGCAGGGUGUCCAGGUAUUCCUGUAGCAGAGGGAAGUCCCGAGCCUCUAAAGGGAGGGAAGCCCCGAGUUGCAGACUUUGUUCAUGGUUCUGAUGGAAUGGGAGAGAUAUUUCUCCCUCCUCCAAAAUUAAGGAAAUCAGAGAAGAGUGCAUCUGAAUUUUUAGUUGAUAUGGUCUCUGCUCAUCCUGGUGAAAUUUCCAUUCUUGCACUUGGGCCACUAACAAACUUGGCACUGGCAAUAAAAAGGGAUAGUUCCUUCGCAAGCAAGGUGAAGAAAAUUGUUGUCCUAGGGGGUUCCUUCUUUGCAUCUGGAAAUGUAAAUCCAGCUGCUGAGGCAAAUAUUUAUGGAGAUCCAGAAGCUGCAGAUAUUGUGUUUACAUCUGGGGCAAAUAUUGUUGUUGUUGGGAUAAACAUUACAACACAAUGCAUGCUAACAGAUGCUAACCUGCUCGAGUUGAAGCAAUCCAAGGGGAAGUAUGCUAAAUUCAUAUGUGAUAUGACCAAAUUCUACAGAGAUUUUCAUGUGAAGUCUGAUGGCGUAUAUGGGAUUUUCCUUCACGACCCUGUCAGUUUUGUGGCAGUAGCUCGGCCUGAUCUCUUCACGUACAAAAAUGGGGUUGUUAGAGUUGAGACACAGGGCAUUUGCUUGGGGCAUACCUUGAUGGACCAAGGACUAAAGAAAUGGAAUGGAAGCAACCCUUGGACUGGCUAUUCCCCUAUUUCAGUUGCUUGGACUGUUGAUGUUAAUGGAGUCCUUGAUUAUAUUAAUAGUCUGCUGAUGAAACCAUGAAAGUUGUCGAAUUUCCUAUCUAUCCGGAAACAUAUAAAAAGAAAUGAAAGUGGAAAAGCUUAAAACUAACAUUGAAUUCAUGAUUGCUUUUUCCCGGAGGUGUCAAAGGCUUCUAGUUUCUCAUGCAUUGUCGCUAAUAAAUUUCUCACGAUUGGUUUGUACAUUUUUCAACUUUAUAUGUGGGAUGGUAAUGAGUUUCUCAUGCACAAUUGUGGCAUCCUUUUAUUUCAUCUAAGCAAAAGACGUCGGUAUGA